UAACACCCCCCUACCUUCCUUUCCUCCUCAAUCAUCUUCAAUCUCCUCUCUCUCUGAAACUUCAUUUCAUACCCAGAACCUUCAAUCACAGCAAGCCAGGAGAACAUUAACAAGUGCUUAAUUUUUGCCACUUUUACCAAGAGAAAAGAACCAUGGCAGGAAAAGAAGAUCUGGGUCUGAGCUUGAGUUUGAGCUUUCCUGGAAAUAUAAAGUCAGCUGCACAGCAGACGAUGAAGACGCCAUUAACGCACCUCACCCAGUUUCCUUCUUCCCAUCCUUUCACUCUCUUCCACAAAUCUCCCUGGCCUGAAUCGUUUCCUUCCCAAGAUCGGAACGAUGAAGCAUGCAGAGCGCUUUUGAAAGGAAUCGAUGUGAACAGAGCGCCGGCGGCUGCCGACGCCGACGAGGACGCCGGAGUUUCGUCGCCGAACAGCACGCUCUCGAGCGUGAGCGGGAACAAGAGGAGCGAGAUGGAGGCGAUGAUGAUGAACCCGGAAGAGAACGAUGGCGAGAGAGCGUGCUCCCGUGGCGCCAGCGACGAGGAGGAUGGCGAAACUUCUCGAAAGAAGCUCCGCCUGAGCAAAGACCAGUCCGCCAUUCUUGAAGACAGCUUCAAGGAACAUAACACCCUCAAUCCUAAGCAAAAGCUAGCAUUGGCCAAGAGGCUGGGGCUGAAGCCUAGGCAGGUGGAGGUCUGGUUCCAGAACAGAAGGGCAAGGACAAAAUUGAAGCAAACCGAAGUCGACUGCGAAUUCUUGAAGAGAUGCUGCGAGAAUCUGACCGAGGAGAAUCGGAGAUUGCAGAAGGAAGUCCAAGAACUGCGGGCGCUCAAGCUUUCCCCGCAGUUCUACAUGCAAAUGACGCCGCCGACCACGCUCACCAUGUGCCCGUCGUGUGAGCGCGUCGCCACCGCGCCAACUGCCGCGAUGAAUCCAGUCCAGCAAUCCCGACAGAUGCCGUUCAAUCUGUGGGCGCCUAACCGGCCGUUCGAGUCCGCCGGGAAAGUCUGACCUUUGCACUACCCAGGGGUGAUCCAGUCAUUUUGCCCGUUCUUAAAAUUUUUAGAUACAGGAAAGAGGGGAAAACAGGGUGUUACCCAAGAUGUAAUAGUAGUAACAGCUUACCAUAGUUUUAUUUUUUGCAAUUAAUGUAUGGAUAGGGUGGUUGGGGCUGGGGGUUAUGGUUGGGGGCCCUGACCAUAUAAAAAACUUCUGUUGCUGUGUUAAUGAAUGACCCAUGUGUCCCUGAGUUUGACAUGGUAGGAUGAUUAGCUUUGCACCUCUUUCUCUGGUUUCCUCUGUUCUGAGCUGUUUAUGAUAUGCGGGGGGAAGAGAUGAUCUUCAGAUGUAAAUUAUUGCCGCUACCCUAACGUUCUUUUAUUUUUAAAAAACUAUGGAUGACUAGUUUGUGACAGUGCUUAUUUUAAGUCUAUUAGUUUGGGUAUUAAUGAUGAUGAUACCUAAAUUAUUACGAAAUUCUCGAGUGAAGUUUGGAACUGGAUUUGUUGAUAGUCCUAUUUUGAUGAUCUCUCGACUCUGCAUAGUGUAAGUUCAUGCUUGCUAAAAUUUACUCCCUCCGUUCCAUUGCACUUUGUCAACUUUCCAUUUUUGGUUGUCCCAAAAGCUUGUCACUUUCUUAUUAAAGCAACUAGUUUGUAGUUCUGCACAUUUUUCUCCCUUCUGCACAAAUUUCAAC